AUGUCUAUGGUCCACAUAGAGCUCCGUGUGCAAGACGGGUGUUCUCUGGGCUGGCUGCAGCUGGAGCUGUUCGCCGACGUCUGCCCGCGCACCUGCCGGCUGUUCCUCGAGCUAAAUCUAGAUAAUAUAGUCCACCUAGAGCUCCGUGUGCAAGACGGGUGUUCUCUGGGCUGGCUGCAGCUGGAGUUGUUUGCCGACGUCUGUCCAGCGACUUGCCGGCUGUUCCUCGAGCUGCUUACAGCUGGGACAGAUACUUACUCGUAUAUUAACUCGAUUUUCUUCAGAAAAGUCCCUCACCUGUACUGGUCGGGCGGCGACGUGGUGUACAACAACGGCUGCGGGUGCUACGCGCAGAGGGGACGCCGCCGCCCCAUCGGGGCCGAGAACUAUACCUACGCGCACUCUGUACCCGGUCGGUGGACUUUUCUGUCCUAUCCUCCAGGCCUCCUCUCCAUGCGGGUGACCCGUGACGACGAGGUGUGCGGUAUAUUCAACAUCACGUUCAAGCCGAUGCCGCAGUUCGAUCUACAGAAUGUCGUGUUUGGAAGGGUGGUUCGUCCCAGCAGCACGUACGAGGCCAUGCGGUCGCUGGGCGCGCCGCUCAGCGCGCGCCCACUAGUCUACAUUGCCGCAUGCAAGAUUUAA